GUUAAUAUAUUUUUAUUAUUAUUAAAAAUAUUAAUGUGCUAUUUUAUUUCAUUAAUGCUGGUUUUGAAAAGAUUCACAGCGAAUACAUGUCAGCUUAAUCCGUGCCUUAACGGUGGCAAAUGCAUUCCAGGAAAAAUCGCUUGCGAAUGCAGCCAUGGCUGGAUGGGGCAAUUUUGUCAUAGGCAUUGUCGCAAUAUUUAUAAAAGCUGUGAUCGAUGGGCCCUCGAAGAAAAGUGCGAGAUGGUACGAACGAAAACGAAUUUCUUCGACAUUAAUUGUGCAAUAAGUUGCCAUAGGUGUACACCGGACGAAAAACACAUGUUGAGCGAAAUACCAGUUCCACCAUCACUCGAACCGCUACUAUUCAUGGUUGGCCGCUGGUAUUCAUUAGCAAAGAAACGGCUGCGAUACCCCAUUGAUAUGUAUUCAGAUGGAUACAGAGAAAUUCUUGAUAUUACACCGACCGAAGUACCAAUGUUUGGGACACCGUCAUUAAAUUUAACUAGCAGUGGCGAUUUACGAUUGCUACGUGGAUUUCUAACUUUGAGGCCGAAUUCAGCACCAACAGAGAUCGCUAUUUUAAGCACAUCAAAUGAAGGUCUUAACAUGAUCGAAUUAGGAACGUUGACAAAUCAUCUUGUGGCGCUCAAUAUUACUUACAUGCAAGUACAUCCGGGAAUGAAUGCGUCAAUUCUUCCACUUGGGGCAACGCGAAUUUUUCGAAGAAAUGGCCGAUUUCUUGAGAUGAUUGUUUCAAAAUUGUUUUCUCAUAAUAGAAUAACACAAUUUAGAAAAUUAUUUCGAAAAAUUAAAAGUUAUCCUUUAUGA